GGCAGCACUACCCGGAACUCAAAGUGAUCAAUUACUUCGCAAAGUUGGGAACGAACUUCAGCACCGCAGCGCCUGACGCCGCUCGCUGUCGCUUCGGACGGGGGAAAUAGAUGAUCGGCGCUUUAAGUUUGGCGGAAUAGCUUCACAUUUUCCAGCAGGCUUUUAGCGCAGACCCCGUCAUGGCUCCUCAAAAGGAUGUGGUCAAGAUUGCCAUUCAGAUGCCAGGGGCGUACCCCCAGCUCAUCGAAUUAGAUCAGAAAAAGCCACUUUCGGCUGUCAUCAAGGAGGUUUGCGACGGGUGGAACCUUCCAGGCCCUGAUAACUAUGCUCUCCAGUAUGCAGAUGCCGUUCAGACCUACAUCACAGAGUCGAAUCGACUGGACAUCAAGAACGGUAGCAUCCUCCGGUUGACGAAAGCACCGGGCCGCUGUGCUGAGGACCUGUACAAAGGCAUCCAGAAUGCAGACUCGGGGGUGCGAUGCGACUCCCUGAAGCAGCUGGCAGAUGUGUCCACAGACAUCACCUUCGCCCAGGAGUUCAUCAGCCGGGAUGGACACUCUCUUCUGGUGCAGAUCGUGGAGGAGGACAAGGAGUCGCCACUGAUAAUGACGCACGCGUUGACAGGAUUCACAGAGCUGAUGGAUCAUGGGAUUGUCUCCUGGGAGAACCUCUCCCUGGUCUUCAUUAAGAAGAUCGCCUCCUUUGUCAACGCCAAGGUCAUGGAUGCCUCCAUCCAGCGUCUGUCCCUCACCAUUCUGGAGAACAUGGUUCUGAGCAGCAACAGCCUCUUCAAGCUGGUCAAGGAGGAGGUGAACCUGGAGAGACUCAUCGCCCACCUGCAAGUGACCAAUCAGCAGAUCCAGACCAAAGCGAUGGCUCUUCUCAUGGCCCUGCUGCAGACUGGGCUGGAAGCUGACCGGCAGGAAUUACUGGCUUAUCUUUCAAGCAAAAACCUUCGUCAGUACAUCUACAAGAACAUCAUCCACAGCUCGGAGGCCGUGGGGAACGAGAUGGCGCACUACCUGUACGUGCUGCAGUCGGUCAGCCUGAACCUCCUGGAGCCCCUCAUGAGGAGCCCGCUGGACUCCCUCAGCCAGGAGCAGAGGGACAAGAUACACAGCCUGCGGCAGUCGGCCUUCGAGGCCGACAGUGACAGCGGCCUGAGCCACGAACGCCGCCGUUCCCUCUGUGCCAAGGAGUUCAAGAAGCUCGGCUUUUCUAACAACAGCAACCCUGGACAGGACCUGCUCCGGGCACCCCCGGGCCUGCUGGCCUUGGAGACGAUGACAUACUUCGCGUCCCACUACCCCGAUGCGUACAGCAGGUUUGUGCUGGAGAACAGCAGUCGUGAGGACAAGCAUGAGUGCCCCUUCGCUCGGAGCAGCAUCCAGCUCACACUCAUCCUGUGUGAGAUCCUGCACAUCGGCGAGCCGUCAUCAGAGACCCGCUCGGACUAUCACCCCAUCUUCUUCUCUCAAGACCGCAUUCUCUACGAGCUCUUCUGCGUCUGCAUCCUGCUCCUCAACAAGACCUGGAAGGAGAUGCGAGCCACUCAGGAGGACUUUGACAAGGUGAUGCAGGUGGUCCGGGAGCAGAUCACACGGACACUGUCCAGUAAGCCCACCUCUCUGGAGCUCUUCAAGAACAAGGUCAACCAGCUCAACUACAGCGAGAUCCUCAAGCUGCGUCAGACAGAGCGCCUCCACCAGGAAGAGACCCUCGCACCGCCCGUGCUUGAGCUGAAGGAGCGCCUCAAGCCCGAGCUCCUGGAGCUGAUCCGGCAGCAGCGGCUGAACCGCCUGUGUCACGGGACGCUCUUCCGGAAGAUCAGCAGCCGCCGCAGGCAGGAUAAGCUGUGGUAUUGCCGCCUCUCGCCCAAUCACAAAGUCCUGCACUAUGGCGACGUGGAGAAGGAAACGGAGACUCCGCCCAUCGAGACCCUUCAGGAGAAGAUUCCUGUGUCAGACAUUAAGAUGUUGCUGACUGGGAAAGACUGUCCCCAUAUGAGAGAGGCCCGGGGGAGACAGAAUAGGGAAGUCCUAGAUCUGGCCUUCAGCAUCACCUACGACGUCGAGGACUACAGCCUCAACUUCGUUGCCUCUUCCAGGACCGAUUUUUGCCUGUGGACAGACGGACUGAAUGUUCUGCUGGGGAAAGAGAUGACCAGUGAGAGCAUGCGCAGCGAGCUGGAUAUCCUGCUCUCCAUGGAAAUCAAGCUCCGACUCCUCGACCUGGAAAACGUGCCCAUCCCCGAAACUGCUCCCCCCAUUCCCAAACCUCCGAGCAGCUUUAACUUCUGCUACGACUUCAGCCAGACUGAGCAGUAGGACAUUGGUCGGGGUGGAGCGCCCUCUUGAGGUGUAGGAGGGACAUAGCAAGGGGUAUGGUUACAUCAGUAGAGCAAUUGUGGUCAUGUUCAGUGGGUGUAACUGUGUGUAAGAGGGAUGUGAAGUGUAAUCUUGAAAGAAACCGGGCCUAUUUUAAGGUCAGACGGUUUGUGAGUUCCGAGAGUUUCUAGGUGAAAAUUUAUAAAGGCUUGUAUGAUUUCUAAACGGUGAUACUGGGGAGGGGUGAAGUGGAUGGAGAUACACAUGCAAUGAACGCAUUUCAACACAGAGGUGCUACUAAUGUUUAACGGUACAAAAUUAACCUCACUCAGAUGGCACUUAUGUCUCGCGGGAGAUAUUAAGCUUCCUGAUAGGAGGAGGGUAUUCAUUUUAUUGAAUUAAUUCUCGUUUGUACAUUAUCACCUCAUUUCUCUAUUUGAAAUAAUUUGCUGUGUUCCUCUUCAGAGACCCUUGGUGUCCCUAAAUAACUGGAUUCUAAUAAUGGGCAGACUGUCUGCUCCGUCCUGGACACCCCAGCUCGGAUCCCUCCUGUUUCGGUUGCUGGUUACGGAGUAAACUGCUACACCUUUCUUUAAAAAUGGCAUCGAGUGCGGAGAGAAUUGUAAUUAAGGUUUUCGUAGGCUUUCGCUUCUGCUCUGGUGGAAAAGUUGAUGAUGAUUUUUGUCGUCUUGUGCAAUAUUUGUCUCCUGCCUAUAUGGUAAAGGAAUGAAGUGACAAUGAGCUGUAGGAUGAAAACUGAUUCAAGAAUCCAGCCUUUUGGCUUUCUGAGUACCAAAAAACCCAUAGCAAUUGUACAGCGAAACUUACCAUGGCAGAAUCUAAGGAUUUUAUAUAUACCCCCAUAAACAUGGCAUGUAUUCCGAAGGAACGUCAAGCAAGCGAUGCAGUCGGUAGUGAAGGUUAUUCCACUAUUUCUUCAUGGGUCACAGCUAUUGUCAUAACAGCUCUUUACCAUGAAAGCUAAAACUGAAAGAUUUCUGUAAAACAGGUACACCGAAGAUGGCUAUAAUCAUGUCUAUAUAUUAUUUUGUCCAGUAACCACAAAUUAUUGCCAAAAAUAAUAUAGUGCCAAUUAGACCUAUUCCAGCAUUUAUUAUAUUUAUACUUAAUGGUACUUUCUGAGAAGUUGUUAAUUAUCUUCACCAGAGGUGGAUAUUUCAGGGCCAGAAAGUACAAAUCCAGACCGCUUUGCUUCAACCAGCCAGUUGAGUCCUCUGCGACUGUGAAUCUUUAUACUCAAUUGGCUGGUUGAAACAAAAAUUUUGGUCUGGAUUUGUACUUUCUGGACCUGAAAUGUCCAUCUCAGGUCUUCACUGAGUAGAGGCUAAUGAGUAGGUGUCGAUCCUGCAUGAAACUGGGAGAUUUGCUGUCCCGUUUUCAUACGGAACAGAAUUUUGGAAUUUGCUGCACUCACCAGUAUGGCGUGUACUGAGUACUGUUUCAGCAUUAACACGGCUACUGAGUACUGCUUCAGCAUUAACACGGAUACUGAGUACUGCUUCAGCAUUAACACGGAUACUGAGUACUGCUUCAGCAUUAACAUGGAAUUACUUGACUGGCUUCGGUAUCUGUAUGGCCUACAUUUCCACUUUUCCGCGAUUUGUUUGACCUCUUUGAAGCGAACUAGUGUGGCAUGCUGGCAGGAUGAGUAUACAAAACGUGAAUAAUACACCAGCAGCCUGUGCCCCCCCCCCCCCCCCCCAUUCUUACCAUGUUUGGAUUUCUUUGUUUGGCUCCAUUUGUCUCCGUCGGGAAGACAGAGAUUUAAAGGAAUUGGUGACUAAAUUCUAAACUGGUGGUUUGAUGGGCUGGCAUGAACCUCGGCGAUCUUAAAACGUUCAUAUUAGCUUGAUGACAAUACCGGUGCUUCACAUUAUUCUGUCCCACAGCAGGGAGCUAAUGAGGUUGAUCAUAAGGCACACAAACCCAUUUCUGUAUUUCUAAGAAAGCGGAGAAUGUUUUUAGCAUCAACAGGGGUAGACUGUGCCAACAUUGUGUAGCCCUAACUGACUAUCAAGAUCUGUUUGGCGCAAGUAAAGCUGCAGUAUAAUCUAAUUUAAUCAAGGUUGUUAAAGAACAGAUCAGUGUUAAUGAAAUUAACAACUCAAUCAAGAGGGGGAACUUAACUGAUUUGCUGGUUAAACAAUUCUCACCUAAGAAUACCGGUCCCUACAUUUUUUGCGAUAAACACUUUGGUCGAAGAUUUUAGUUUAUUUUUUAAAUAAUAAUAAUAAUAAUAAUAAUAAUAAAUAGCUUCAGUGUGGGGUCACUGUAUUUUUAAGAAUUUUGAAGGCUACAAGAAAACUGAGUGAUGCUUGUUUUGUAUUUACACGUAUUGUUUUUUAUCUAAUUAAUUGUAAUUGUACUGUAAGACUGACCACCCGCCAAUAUAGUCACAGCAGGCAGAAAAGACCUAUGAUAUGGGUAGUUUGAAAGCAGAAGAGUUUAACGUGUAUGUCAACUUUUAUUUAAACCAAUUUAUUUACGGAAUGAUGUGGGACCUGAUCUGGUAGCAUAAUAUGGAAUUCCUUCAAUGUAUUUAUAUUUUAUUUUCCACUAAAUGGUUAAUCUCCAUCGAACUAAUUAAAAACUUAAAUGCAUGAUGUAAAUAGGAACGUUUUCUAUAUCGAGACAUUUUGCAUAUGUGUUUCUAUAAAUACAUCUAUAUGAACCUUCAUUUUUUUGUUUAAACUCUUAAUGUGUUAAGGCUUUUUUUUACAUCAACAUAAGCGGUACCAACCAAGACCAAAGAGGAGGAAAAGCUUUAGUAAAAAAGGUAAUACGACCUUGACAGUGUUUGUUUAGUAUUCAUCAGUUCCCCUGUGCUUCCUGCAGUAAAGGUCAUGUUGUUACCACAAGAA